UAUAUUAUAGUAGAUACAUUCUAAUUUGUUGUGUACUGUAUAGUUAUUAUAGCAACAAUUAUAAAAUAUAUUUCAAAUUCAUAUUUAUUAUUUCAUUUAGAAGAAAGUUGCUCCAUAUUUCUCUAUCGACAAUUUUAUUUAUUAAGCAUUUUAAAAUACGAAGAUACUGUAUCCCUCUGUAACUAAUAUAAUGGAUCAAGUUUUUUAAAUUAUACAAAUAAAAUCAUAGUAAGUUAUUAUGUCAGACAACGAAGAUCGUCAAAGUGUACCAGGAAACAUUCGAUACACUAAAGGUUUUUCAUUUUUGCGUUUACAACUUCCAACGACUAAUGAAUUUAGUGAUUUAAGACGACCACAAAGAUCACAUAGUCAAGGUUUUCUUACUGGAUUGUCAAAUCGUUUACCAUCAUUUUCUAUUACUGGUCCAUUAUAUGAUGAUAGUCCAAUACCGCCUUCCGAUAAUACAAACAAAAGAUUCAGUUUUGCAAAUUUCAGAAAAAUUUCAUCGGCGAAUUUGCACAAUAGUGAUUCAAUGGUUUCGCUGUGCUACCGAGCUUUACAUAAUUACAUCUCAGAAAAUAAUUUAGAGGGUCUUCAAGGAUUUCUUGAAAACCGCAGAGUUCUUGUUGAUGAUCGUGACGAUAAUGGAGCUACUGCUUUACACUAUGCUGCUUCAAAAGGAAAAUUACUAUUUUUGAGAGAGCUUAUUAAUCAUGGGUCCGAUGUAAAUAUUGAAGAUAAUGAUAAUUGGACAGCAUUGAUUUGUGCUGCUAAAGAAGGUCAUUCUGAUAUAUGUGCUGAGUUAUUAGACCAUGGAGCUGAUAUUGAACACAGAGAUAUGGGUGGAUGGACACCACUUAUUUGGUCAAGUUACUGUGGUUUUACUAAUUUGGCCAAUUUGCUACUGGACCGAGGGGCUGACAUAAAUGCACAUGGAAAUUUUCAUAUUACUGCAUUAGUAUGGGCUGCUGGCAGAGGACACACAAAACUUGCUUGUAAUUUAAUAGCACGUGGUGCUAAAGUUAAUGUUGGUGAUAAGUAUGGGACAUCUGCUUUAGUAUGGGCAUGUCGUAAAGGUGAUGUUGAAUUAGUUGAUACAUUAUUAAGAGCUGGAGCUAAUGUUGAUACUGCUGGAAUGUAUUCAUGGACUCCAUUAUUAGUAUCAUCUAUGGGAAACCAUACUGAAGUUGUAAAUCUUCUCCUGGAGCGAAAACCAAAUGUCAAUGCUUUAGACCAAGAUGGCUGUACUGCUUUAACAAUUGCAUGUAAAGAAGGAUAUUAUGAUAUUGCCAAUUCUCUUUUAAAUUCUGGAGCUUACAUUAAUAUACAAGAUCGAAGUUCUGAUACUAAUCUCAUACAUGCUGUUAAAGGAGGCCAUCGAAAUAUUGUGGAAGCUUUGCUUAAAAAAUAUGCUGAUGUUGAUGUUAUGGGAAAGGAGCGGAAAACUGCAUUAUAUAUUGCUGUAGAAAAAGGAAAUACAGCAAUAAUUAAAUUAUUACUUGGUGCAAACCCUGAUUUAGAAAUCUCAACAAAAGAUGGUGAUACACCUUUAAUGCGAGCUGUCAGAAAUCGAAAUUCUGAAGCUGUUCAACUAUUAAUUGAAAAGAGGGCUCGUGUAUCAGCUACAGAUAAACGAGGAGAUACUGCAUUGCACAUAGCUAUGAGAGCUAGAGCUAGGGGAAUUGUUGAGAUUUUGUUGCGAAAUCCAAAAAAUAGCCAGCUAUUAUACAGACCAAAUCGAGCUGGUGAAACUCCUUACAAUAUGGAUGUAAAUGCUCAAAAACCUAUUCUUAGUCAAAUAUUUGGUUCAAGGCGUCUUAAUACUAAUGAAGAUAAUGAAAAUCUAUUGGGAUAUGAUCUUUACAGCAGUGCAUUGGCUGACAUGUUAAGUGAACCUACUUUAUCUAUGCCUAUUACAGUUGGAUUAUAUGCUAAAUGGGGUAGUGGCAAAUCAUUUUUACUUAAUAAAUUGAGAGAGGAAAUGAAAAAUUUUGCUCAUCAAUGGACAGAUCCAUUUUUCCAAUUUCCUUGGCUAAUAUUGGGUGUAGCUCUUCAUUUUUGCUUCAUUACGGGUACUGUGGUUGUGGUCUUAACAUCAUCAUCACUUAUAGCAAUUAUGACAACAUUUAGUUUAUUAGCUGGUGUAUUUUUCUUUCUCAUUAUGAUAUACUAUUGCAGUCAUAGACUUGAUUGGGCUUAUAACUGUAUUAGUUAUUUAAGUCAAAAAGCGGUUACUGCCCGAAUAAUUCUACAAAUAAUAUUUUGUCAUCCACCUGGUUCAAGUUGGGGCACAUCAGUUACUGCUCAACCUAUAAGGUUUUAUUUUACUGAUCAAACACGAGUAAGUAGUACAACACCUGGAGAGAGUACCAUUAUUCAAAUGAUUGGCUCAUUAUAUGAUUCAAUAGAAAAAGAUUUUGGGUCCAUUUCCACUCGUUUAUUUAGAGCUUUUCGUCCAAAACCAGUAAAACUUACUUCGCCUUGGAAAUGGCGCAAGUUAUGUUGCAUGCCAAACAUAAUACUAUUUGAAAUGUCAUUUAUGUGUGCUUUAUUAGCUAUUCUUAUUAUUGCUAUGCAUAAUGGUACAUUGAUUUUUAUAAAUGAUUUUUCAUUUGACAAAUCUAUUGGAAAUGUUAUAUUAUUUUGUUGUGGAGUAUUUAUACUAUUCCUAUUGAUUGGAAAUUUAUAUACAUUCAGUCAAUUAUUACAAUCAUUAGUAUUUUCACAACGUAAACAACUGAGAAGAGCUACAUCUAGAUUAGAUACAUUGAAGUCUGAAGGAUUUAUACAAGCAUUAAGAACUGAAGUUAAUUUAAUGACAGAGAUGGUCCGUUGUUUGGAUGCAUUUACUCAACAACAGACUAGAUUGGUGAUAAUUAUUGAUGGUCUGGAUUCUUGUGAACAGGACAAAAUAUUAUUACUUUUGGAUGCUGUACGAAUGUUAUUUUCUGAACAGAAUACUCCAUUUAUUGUAGUUCUAGCUAUUGACCCACAUGCAAUAUCUCAGGUGAUUGAACUAAAUAGUCGACGAUUGUUGAAUGAUAUGAAUUUUUCUGGUCACGAUUAUCUUAAAAAUAUGGUUCAUUUGCCAUUUUUCCUUCAAAAUUCUGGUUUACGUAAAGUAAAAUUAGCCCAAAAGUCUUCCCAAUCUCACAGAAAAAGUGUUACAAAUCAAAUGGAUGAAAGUGGAUUAGUACAUUCGGUAAACUAUUGUGAUUUUUCUUUAAAAAUUCUAUUUAUGAAAUAUAUUUUGCUAAUACAGGCUUCAACAAGACGAUUAUCUAAUGAAUCUACUACUUUAAAACCCACAAUGGGUUCCUCAGGUGGACUUAGUCGAAGCAAGGGUAACAUUAAUUCUACUAGGAGUAAAUUAAAAUCUAGUGAGAGUAUUGCAAGUAGCAUAGCCAGCAAUAUACACAGAUUAGGCGGUCCUCAAGAUCUUUCUAAAAUAUUAUUAACUGAUGAUUAUUUUAGUGAUGUAAAUCCUAGAAGUAUGAGACGUUUAAUGAAUAUUGUUUAUGUCACAGGUCGUUUAUUAAAAGCAUUUCAAUUAGAAUUUAAUUGGUAUCAUUUGGCUAGUUGGAUAAAUAUCACAGAACAAUGGCCUUAUCGCAUAUCUUGGAUGAUAAUUUUCCAUGAUACUAAUGAGGAUACUAUUGAUGAUUCUAUGUCACUAAAAACUUUAUAUGAAAAAGUACGUCGUCAAAUACAAUUUUCAAAAGACAUAGAUCCAUUAAUGGAAAUGGAUAAAGAUGAAAAAAAAUUUGAAAUAUUUCUUACUUUUCAUCGAACAACACUACUGGUGAGCGAUCUAAGGAUAUUCUUACCAUUUACUAUUAAUUUGGAUCCAUACUUGAGAAAAGUUAUUAAAGAUGAAAUGCAAAACUCCGAAGAUUCCAAUCUUUUUAGGCCAACAAUUUCACAUAAUGAACUUCAAACACGAAGAGUACAUAAUCAACUUUUAAGAAGACAAAAAAUGGGAGCUAAAUUAUCACUUCAACAAGAAACUUUACCAGCCACGUUGAUGUUAAAUGAACCACAAUCUGCUGUACUGUGGAAUCAACAAAUUCAAAAUCGAUGGCAAACAUCUUAUGAUGAAUUACCGAGCCAACUUCAAAAUUUUUCCAUUUCAUCAUUAUCAGAUGAAUUUAAUAAUAUUAAACUAUCAACUUCAAGUGUAGAUGAUGUUUGUAAGUUAUUAAUAAGAAUUAAAGAUUUGCAAGAAUCAAACAUUCCAAAAUACACUCAAAUAAUUAAAGAUAACAAUCUCACUGGUUGCGUACUUUUACAUUGCAAUUUAAAUGAUCUAAAAAAUGUAUUAAAAAUGAAUUUUGGCGAUUGGGAACUUUUCCGCAUAGUUUUAUUAGCAUUACGAGAUAAAGAAUACCUUAUAAGUAAUGAAAUGAACAGCAAUAAUAGUUUUAAACAUACUAGAUCUGGUAGUUCAAAAAAUCAUUCUCAUGAAAGAAGAGGAUCAUCCAAUAAUAGUAAUAAUGUUCAAGGAACUUUGAAUGAUAAGGACCAGAAAGCAUCAAAAGUGUCAUCAGUUGAAAAACAAGUAACAUUGGAAGAACAAAUGAUAUGUGGUGCAUUGCAAACUCUUAAUGAAGAAGCAUGUGAAGAUGUUCUGGAGGAAUCUGAAGAACAGGGUACUAUAGCAGCAGCUACUUAUUUACAAGUUCCACAGCAGCCUAUUGACAUAAUUACAGGUGAUGGAUCUGUAUGUAGUACAACUUCAAGUACUGAUAAUGGAGGAGAUAUUGAUGUAUUUUUAGUUCAAAAUUCACCACAUCAUAGUAUAGUUCAAUAUCCAAACUUUCAAUAUGAUGGAAACAAUUCUAUUUCAGCAAAUUCAUUGAAUAAUACUCCAAUUGCUUCAAGAAAAAAUCUUAUAGACUACAAGACAUGCAUUGUAACUACAACUAGUGAAAAGGGUGGAAAACCAUUUUUACUUAAAUCCAUCAAAAGACCAGCAUCUUUAGUUAUGAACAGACUUGAUGAUUCUGAUUCAGUACCUGAAACAAAAAAUCCUGUACAGGUGGGCGGAAUUGUAAAACAAGGUAUCGCAGGCUCAGUUGGUAUGUUAAGCUGCUUAGUAGCAAGUUCAAGUUGGAUAACACCCCCAGCUGUUACUAUAUCACCAGUUUGCAGCAAUGAAAAAUUACCAACAAGUCCACCUCAAGAUACAAAUCAUUCUUCAGCAGUAUGUGCAACAGCAAGUAGUGAUGAUGAAAGUACUCCUUUAGUAUCAGAUAUGUCUUCACCACAAUCUGACCAUUUACAAUCAAAUACUGACCGAUCAGACAAGGUGUAUACAUUCAAUGGCAUGUACUAUAAAGAAAAUUCCCAACAUUCAUUGACUUCUCAGUUAUCUUCAAAAAGUACUGAAUCAUUGCAAUUGAGAUCAGAAGGGGGAGGUUGUUCAUUUGAUGAAGAUAUAGAUCUUUUACAUAGUAUUAAUACUAUUCAAUCUGGAUCUAGAAGAGUAUCAUUUGAUAGCGAUGUUAGUUUAUUAGUUCAUCCAUAUGACUGGAAUGAUCCAGAAACUAUAGUAUAAACACAAGAGGGUCAUAUUAUAUUUAAUUCAAACUACAAUUUGACUAAAUUUUAACUUCUAUAUGAGCUCAUAAAUUCUGAUUUAAAUUUAUUUGGUUUUGUAUUAAACUUUAUU